GAUCUCAAAAUGCUGGACUCUUUGACUUAUCUCUUAGAGAAAAUUUAUCUCCUCGCCAACUUCAGUCUUUUUCAUUUUGUAUCUUCAGAAGAAGAAAAGUGCACCGAUUAUUGCGAGAGACCGUCGUUCCAAAGAGGAGAUUUGUUGGAGGUCCCGCGCACUUUAUUCAUACACUUUGGCAUCUACCUGGGAGACAACAAAGUGGCUCAUUUGAUGCCUGAUAUUAUGCCAGUGAUCACGAAUGACAAGUGUCAAAUCCAGAAAGUUGUCACCAAUAAAAGACUGCUCCUUGGCGUGAUUUCUAAGAACGCCAGCAUACGAGUCGAUACAGUAGAAGAUUUUGCUUAUGGGUCCACAAUUUUAUUAAACAAUAUGGACAGCACGUUAAAGAAGCAGCCGCUGGCUAACGAAGACGUUGCAAAAAGAGCAGAAAAACUAAUCGGAGCAAUACCUUACAGCCUACUUUGGAAUAACUGCGAGCACUUUGCCACCUACUGCAGAUAUGGCUCGCCUGUGAGUCUCCAAACAGAAAAGUUCUGUGAAAGCCUGAAAUCGGUGAUCCGGGAUCAGAGAAGUGUCCUGCUAUCGGCUUUUCUGGGAGUGCUGUCCAUCGCCUGCCUUGGCAUGGCCCCCUCCACCACGCUACCCACAGUCCUCGUCCCAUUCCUCCUCUGGAUGGCUGGCUAACUGACCUCAGAUCAGUGAAUCAAACCACACUGGGACAGGAAUGCUGUUUGUAAACCAACAUCUUAUGAUUGAAUAAGAAGAGUUGUGUUUCUCUGCACAUGAUCUUAAGUGUAUAGAAAAAAUAUAUAUAUUUUUUCACAUUUUAGCUUACUGUGUAAGUCCAAAUGAUC